AUUCUUUGGUUGUUCUGAGGGUCACAGACAGCAUAAGGGUGUCUUCUGAAGUAAAAGACAUUAAGAAACUUGCUGUUUUAGCACGAUGGCUCAAAGAAAUAAGUCUAUGGAAGAGAAUAGUGCUGGUAAAAAUCAGAGGAGUAGUGCUGAAAAAGGCAAGAGGGAUAAYGGCAGCUGCAGCCAUGAAAAUACAACUGUAAAACUGCCAGUAAUAGCGUCGCUAGCAGGUACCACUAAAAAAAUAAGUAUGGUUAAGCACCCAGCACCACCUCAAAAGCAGAGUUAUUGCAGAUCUAAGUUUCAUGCAGGACUGUUUAUUAAUAACUCCCCCGGCUCAUUACAAAAGGCAAAAGCUGCUAGUAAGGUACAGGGUAGAGUGCAUAUAGCAAAGAUGAGCUCACAGAGUUUAGGGAGAGGAAGAACAGAAGAAAUAGAAACCAUGAUUAAAGAUAGUUGUGGAGUUAGCUUAACAGACUCUAAUUCAAAUAAAAAUAUUCCAAAAAAGGAAAAAUUAACCAAGGCAGACUUUAAGAACAGAAGUGCCGUGAUCUCAAAAGCAAAUCAGCACGAUCUAGACGGUGAAUCAGGCAGAACGCUGAGAAAAAGAAGCAAGCAGCCAAGUGUGAGGUCUGCUCGCGAACAGUUGGAAGAGGCCAAAGAUGUGACCAGACCAGACGCUUUGAAAAUAUACGAGAAGAACUUCCAGCAGAGCAAACGUGAAGAGGCUACUUCCACACCAGCAUCGCCCGUGAGAGUGGCUGCAAGGUCUAUUGAUGAAAUAAUUGCUUCCCUGCAGUCUACUUCUCCUUCUCCUUCGGAGCAGAUGAUCAAAGAACUCCUGGAGAGUGUUCUUGGCCAGAACUACAACAUAAAAUUGGAACAGGCACCAGUUGAACAUCAGGAAGAGAAAACUGAACCUCAAGCUAGCAAAGGAGUGCUGCCAAGUUUGCACCAACCAAGCCUGACUCCAUUCUCAAAUGUGAUGCAAGUGAAAGGAAGAGGAAUAGAGAAAGUUAAACCUCAUGAAAAUCAGAGACAGCUACAAGAGAAACACCGUUUACAACAACCUUCACCUUUGCAGCCUCCUCAGACAUCAAAUGUCAAAGAUCAACAUCGUCCAGAAAUUCAUCGUCUUUGUACUGCUUUUCCCAGUUUUAUUUUGCCUCCUGAUUUACAAUUGGCUUCUAGAAUCUAUCAUACCUUAGACAGAAGAGGUCACAAUGUCUUGCUCAUAGGAGAGGAUAUGAACAAUAAGGAGGAAGAACCCACCAGUUCAAAAAAUAAUUAUUUGAAAGAGCAAGCUGAAAGGGAAAGAAUUUGCUAUGAAGGUGUUCCUAUUUCAGAGCAAUUCCAGAAGGAUAGGAUCCAUGCCCUUCCUCCUCAUACAUCAAAAASUCUAACAGAAUGGCAAAAAAAAGCUGAAUAUUCUCUUAAAAACCCACAACUGGAACUAGUAGGAGAGAAAAGUAAUCUUAUUGAAGGUGUUAUCUUUGAAGACUUCACUGAACACCAGGAAGAUGAAGAUUUCGAACAUGGGGAUCGUGAUUUCUACUAUUUUGAUCUGGCAAAAUUUCUUCUGAGAAGAAGCCAUUCUUUGACAGAUUUUUCUGACAGUGAGAAGUUAGAGAUAAGUUUUCCUAGAAGGUCAAUCUCUGCUCCAGAGCUGACUACUUUCAAAGAUGAUACUACGUUAAAGAUGUCAGCUAGUUUCAAAACCAGCAUGAAAGAGCUGAAGUUUAUGAAACAACAGAUAGCUGAGCUGAAGGUUGAGAAAGACAUUGGAAAAAGCUUCCCUACCACGCAUCUACUGAGACAAAUCUGUGAUGAUCUGCAGUCUGUGCAGACAGAUACACUAAUGGAAAAAAAGCCUGCUUCAACUGGGCGAGAAGAUAGAAAGAAGGACAUUCUUGCUGAGAAAUCUCAGAAGACUAGGUGCGAGUCCCUGGGAAGACUCCCUAUUCAUGACAAGUUCAGUAUCAAGGUAUCUUCAGYAGUGAGACAGUGUCGUAGUCCCAGUAUCCCUUGCAUAUUAGAUUUUGAAAAGUUUGUAAAGGUGAGGGGUGGAAUUCCCAAAGAAACUUCUGCUCACAAAUGGRUCAGUGAAAUAUGGAACUGCUGGUUUGAGGAAACUUUCCCUGGUAGUAGGACUGACUUUGAGACCAAUAUUAAGUUGCUCAAAGGAACUAAGAAGGUGGACUUGCAGGAAGCACAUCUACGAAAUGAAUUAGUUGACUCUAUGCAGCCUGUUCUGCUUGAGGAUUCAACGGUUAGUGUUGGAGAUUUAGAGGAAGAAGUGAGACGGCUGACGGUACUAAUAGAAAAGGAAGAGCAGCCUUUGGCUUUUCACUACUGUCGGCGUGGAGCAAUACACAGAAAGCUAGGCAAGUUGAAGUCAGCUAUGAAUGACUUAGAAAAAGCUAUAAGCUUAGAACCAUUACUACUUAAUGCUUAUUGGCAUAGACAUUUGAUUUACCUCUUUCAAGAAAGAAUUUCUGCUGCUUUGGAUGACCUGCAUUUCAUAAGUAAAUGGAACAAAAAUAACGCAGAUGCUUAUCUGUCAAAAGCUGAAAUUUAUAAAAAAAUGGGGGAUUAUACAAUGGCAAUCGUCAAUUACAGCUCAGCAAUACAAUGCAACCCUACAGAUGAUGAUACUUACUUCAAGAGAGCUGAGUUGUAUUCGGAGGAAGAUAAUUUAUUAUUGGCCAUGGAUGAUUAUGCCAAAUGUUUUCAGUACAACCCAAAAAGAACAGAUGCCCUUAUGAAGCAUGGAAUACAUUUCUUUGACCGUUCAAUUUUUACUACAGCUAUUCAGGAUUUUACUGCUGUGAUCAAGGAAGACCCCAUGAAUGCUCAGGCAAGGCUGUAUCGAGGAAGGGCAUAUGCUAAACAGCAGCAGUAUAGAAACGCAGUAGAAGACUUAUCAGCAGCGCUUCAUCUAGACCCUUUCUGUUGGUUAGCUUUCUACUGCAGAGGUUGCAUACUACGACACGUUGAUCCAAAAAGAGCUCUGCAGGACUUCAGUGUUUCUGUGCUCAUCAAUGACACUCAGGAAAAUUUUUCUUCUUUUCUUCAUCGUGGGGUCAUUUAUGCAGAACAGUGUCAAUGGUCAUUUGCAAUCUGUGACUUUGAAAGCGUCCUGGCAUUAGACAGAUCUGUCACCUUUGCUUACCUAAGCAUUGGUUUGAUAAUGCUGCUACAUCUGGAUCAAUACUACAAAGCUAUUCAGCUGUUUACUGAUGCCAUCGAAGUCGAUCCUCUCGAUGUUCAAGCCUAUAUAUGUAGAGCCCAAGCAUAUCAUAAGAUUCAUAAUUUACAAGAUGCUGUGAGGGAUAUAAAUCGAGCCAUUCAUCUUUAUCCAAACAAAUCACAGUUUUACAUAUUAAGGGGGAAGUACUUAAUGGAAAUGAAGAAAUAUGAGCUAUCAAGCUUAUGUAUUCACCAAGUUUCAGAAAUGGAUGAAGGUAGUUCUCAGCCUGUUCAGCGAGCUCUCAUUCAGUCAUUUUGUCAAAAUCACAAUAAAGCCAUAGARUGCAUGUGUGAAGUUAUCGCAAAUCAGCCUGAGCCUUCCAUGUAUGUUUUCCUUGGAAAAAUACAAAUGAAAGCCAAGAAAACUAAGGAAGCUAUGGAAAGUUUUAAACGAGCCACAAAGCUCCUGAUCGCUUCAGGAAGAACCCUACCUAAUACAUUUGAGGCUGCAGAAAUGUAUUAUCUUAUAGGCCUGUGUUAUAUGGAGCAAGUACGCUUAUUGCAGGCCUGUGAUGCUUUCACUACGGCGAUCAGACUGCAUUCAAGCUAUCCUGAUGCUUUCUAUCAGCGAGGGCUGUGUAGAAUGAAGCUCGGCCAAGCUAAGUGCAUCCAGGAUUUCAAUCGAACACUUGCACUUUGUCCGUCACAUUUCCAGGCAUAUAUGAGUCGUGCUGUUUAUUAUGGAAGUAAARGCAGAUACUCUAAGGCAAUUCUGAAUUGUAAUGAGGCUCUCAAAAUUAAUCCUAACAGUGUGAGAGCUUAUUUUUACCGAGGACUUUUAAAGUAUCAAAACAAGACAUAUAAGGUUGCAAUUGAAGAUCUUUCUAAAACUAUAGACCUCAACAAAUCCUGCAUUUUGGCAUAUUAUAAUAGAGCAGUCUCUUAUCAUCAAAUAAAGGAUUUCAGAAAGGCUUUGAAAGAUUAUGGAAUUCUUCUUUUGCUUGAACCAAAUAAGAAAAUAAUUUUUAAAGUGUUAAUUAAUCGUGGACUACUCUAUGUGGAACUUGGUGAUUAUUCUAAUGCAUGUGAGGACUUCAAAGCAGCAGCUUUGCACAGUCCAUUUGAUAGUCAGAUCUUCCAAGCUAUUGGAAUCUGCUAUCACAGAAUUAAUGAGUUUGAAGAAGCUGUGAGGUCAUUUAACCAGGUUCUCAAACUAGACCCCCUUUCUGUGGAUGCUUAUGUUGAAAGAGGAAAUUCGUACAUGGAAAAUGGACAAGGGCCUGAUCGUAAACAAGCACAGAAAGACUUCUUGAAAGCACUUCACCUGAAUCCAAAGUGUGUGAAAGCCAGAAUUUGCUUAGGAUACAACUUGCAGGCCCUUGGAAAGUUUCAAAAAGCUUGGAACCAAUUUACAAUUGCUAUUGACAUUGAUCCAACAUGCCAUGCUGCUUAUGAUGGACGAGCUUCAGUCUGUCUUCGGAUGGGUGAAACUUUUGCUGCAUUUCAAGAUACAAAUGCUGCAUUAAAGCUCACUACCACUGCAGCACUGCUAACAAAUCGUGGCAUUAUCAACCAGUUUAUGGGACACCUAUCUUGUGCCAUGAGGGACUAUCAAAAUGCAAUUUCUGUUGAUCCUAAUUAUGCCUUAGCCUAUUUCAAUGCAGGAAAUAUCUACUUCCGCAAUCGACAGUUUUCACAGGCCCUUGACUAUUAUUCCAAGGCAUUACAACUUGAGCCAAGAAACGAAUCUGCUAUUAUAAAUCGUGCUAUUACAAAUACAAUAUUAAAAAAUAUUAAAGAAGCAGARGAAGACUUUGAGAAGGCAGUUUCUCUGUGUCCGUUCUCUGCAGCAGUGUAUUUUAACAGGGCAAAUCUCUAUUAUGGAUUAAAGCAAUAUGAUCUAGCUGAGAAAGACAUUUCAACAGCGUUGUCAAUUCAGCCCAAUGAUGCCUUGAUGUAUAAAUUUAGAUCUGAUAUUCGUGCUAAACUGGGUUUCAGGAAAGAAGCUUUAGAUGACUACAAACAAGCAAUCAGCAUUCAAGAACAGAUUAAUUCCAUGUGAAAAGAUAUCAGUGCUAAUGUAACAUGGUUUCAAUUGACUGAUUUCUCAGAUUGACGGUUAAAAAAAAUUCUUUGGUGCAAGAAAAAAAAUUAUUAAUCUAUCUUUAUUCUCAUAUAUUCUGUACGCAUUUUCGA